AUGCGCUACACACACUUUGGUGCUUUGUCGGACCUCGAACAGUCGGUGAGCGCGCUUAAGAUAUGUCUUGCAGGUGUCACGGGCCCCGAGCGAUUUGUCUUUUACAAUCCGCUGAGCGUGUCGCUGGAGGCCCGCUUCCGGCGUCUAGGACAGCAGGAAGACAUACAGCUAUCCAUCGAGGCCUGUCGUGCGUUUCUGGAAGAGAGCGGAAUCCACGACCCGAUGAUCCGGAUGAUCGUCUUUUGGCGGCUUUCCAAGGCGCUCGUCGCGUAUCAUGACGCUACCGGGGACGGCGAGGUGCUGGACAAGGCGGCGGGCGUCGGUCGUGACGCUCUGAGGCUCUGUGGUGCGGACCAUUCGCUGCUGGCUGUGAUCCUGGCACUGCAGGGCACGAUUCUCCGACAGCGCUUCAUCGUACAUGGGAACGAGGAGGAUUUAAAGGCAGCAUGGACACUUGCGUGUGCUGCUGUGGCGACCCACGAGGCCUCCAAAGGCGAAUGA